GAGUUCUCGCUGCCGCCCUCGACGUACGCCACCAUGGCCAUACGGGAAGUGCUCAAGUUGGACACCAGCAUCAAGAAGCAGACGCAGCUCAACACCACCUGGUUCAACUGACACGGCACGGGCCGCCACCCACAAUAUUAGAUCAUCAGAGGAGCGGACUUCAAAUUUGAUUUGGAAGAACCUUUUAAAAUGGAGUCCAACAUGUCGGAUGCAGAGUUGUUGAGCUCCCCUUCGCCUCCCCUUUUCCUCCAAUGCGACUACACCGACUGGUUUCCCUCCUUCUCCAUAAUUCCGUCCGUCUACAUGCUCGCCUUUGUGCUGGGUUGCCUGGGCAACGGUCUGGUGUUGUGGGCCUACUUGGAUCGAGCCGACGGAAGGAGGAGUCAUCCCGGCGGAUUUCCUGGGCCCUGUUUCCGAACCGACCGGAAAAAGUGUCGGCAUCCAUCCAGAACAACCAGUUCCCGCCAGUCUCCCCGUGUCCCGUACACGCCCCGCUCCUUCACGGACUCUCAUGCUAGCUUAGCGCUAGCAGACCUCUGCUUCCUGGUGACCCUUCCACUGUGGGCUGUGUACACAGCCUUGGGGUACCACUGGCCGUUUGGGCGAACCCUGUGCCAACUCAGCAGCUUCCUGACUGCCCUCAACAUGUACGCCAGCAUCUUCAGCCUUAGCGUGCUCAGCGUGGAGCGUUAUUGGGUCCUGACCAGACACCCGCGUCGCCAGCCUUCCGCCCGGGCCCCAAGGGCGCUAGUGGCGCUGUGGGGGCUGGCCGGGGUGCUGGCGCUGCCCGCCUUGCUGCUGCGCUCCGUCCAGGUGGCCGAUUGGCCAGGGGAGUCGGGUUCUAUAGCGUGCCAGAUGGACUACUCCGUGCUGAUCGGAGAUGAGCCAGACGAGGACGAGAGAGAGCGUGCCCAGAUGUGGUGGGGGGCGAUCCUGAGCCUCAAAUCCACGCUGCUCGGCUUCCUGUUGCCCCUCGUCGUCCUGCUGGUGUGCUACUGUUCCCUGGCCCGGCUCCUCAGCAGACACUUCGGGGGCGGGCCUUGGCCCGACCCCCGGCGCCAGCGUCGGCUCCUCAGAGUUAUCGUGACUCUGGUGCUGGCCUUCUUCCUGUGUUGGCUGCCUCUGCACGUCAACAAGACUUUGUCCCUGCUCCUGGAGUUCGGAUUCUGCGCCUUGGAUCAGAUCCUGCUGGCGGCGCACCCGUACGUAACCUGCGUGGCCUACCUCAACUCGUGCCUCAACCCGCUGCUCUACGCCGCCUGCGACCAGUCGUUCCGGAAGAGAUGCAGGCGGACGCUCCUGCGGUUGUGCGGAGCAGGGAGGAGAAAGGAAAUGGAGAGAAGGGAGGAAGAGAAGGAGGACCAGGAGGGGAGCUUUGACGGCCCAGGGAGAACACAGGAGGAAACGGCAGACAAGACGCAGGAGGCAGCGGUGGUCACUGAGGAGUGAGCGGAUACAGCCAAGAUCGAAACAUAAAACAAAUUUGCAUCAUAUAGCACAAAUCCAGAACAAAUGUUGUCUCAAGGCACUUUACACAUGGGGGGGGGGGGGGG